AUGCCCGUAUUCAUGAGCAGGGAUAUGAUCUGGGCUCGCGACGGGAUCAUUAACACAUUUGCCACGUACCUCUCCAUUCCUACAGAAGAGAGAUCUGACUGCAACGAUUUCGUGAGGCCCGUUGAAGCAAUGUUGCGAGACGUGGGACUGGUGUGUUUGCUACACUUCUGGGUGUAUGACACCUUUUCUCUUCUUUUGAUUUAUGAUGGCUUCACCAUUUUGGGAAAUGUUUACAAAGCUGCUUUCUGGGCACUCGCACACAUUCUUUUGCCUGCAUAUCGAGAGGGGAGGGUAGAUACCUCUUACUUAGAUAAGUGCCCUCUGCUCGAGUCCUUGUUAGACGAGGUUCUCCGCUUGACAGUGGCAACUGCCCUUCUUCGUAAUGUUAUUUCACCUAGCGCUCUUCGCGACGUCACCAUCCCACCCGGCAGCAAGGUAUUGGUCCCAUACCGUCAGCUGCAUCGGAAUCAGGAUGUCUGGGGCACCGAGCCUCCUGUUCUGGAUCCAGCCCGCUUUCGAAAUAACCCCAAGUUACUCGGCUCAAAAUCAUUUCGCCCCUUUGGCGGUGGUCAGACCCUUUAUCCAGGUCGCGUCCUAGCUAAGCAGAGUAUCAAAUACACAAUCGUUUCUCUUCUUAUGAAGUUUGACUUGGAAAUAGACGUUGAAAUGACACGGAAGGCAGUUAGGGGAGAUGGAUCGAAGCUCAAUUUCCCUCAGAUGGACAGCACGAAACCAAGUCCCGGCGCCAGCUUGCCGGUCCAGGGACAAGAUGCAUAUCUAGUUUUGAAGGAGAGAGGGCACUCCCCUUUUCGUUCCGUGUCACCUCCCUUACCAUGA